AUGUGGGAUGGCUUCUAUGACUGGAACAUUGGAAUGGAAGGCUUUAGGCCCUUCAGGAAGGACAGGCUGGGGAGACGAGGUGGAGGAGUAGCCCUCUAUGUCAAUGAGCAACUGGUGAGUGUGGAGCUCAGCCUACGGACAGAUCAGGAAUUAGUCAAGAGUUUGUGGGUCAAGAUUAAGGGCAGGGUUCAGGAAUUAGUCAAGACUUUGUGGGUCAAGAUUAAGGGCAGGGUUGGGACAGAGGAUGUUAUAGUGGGGGUCUGCUACAGACCACCUGAUCAAGAGGAGGGUGUGGAUGAAGCCCUAGAGAGACAGAUGAGAAUAGCCUCAAGCUUGCAAGUCCUGGUCUUCAUGGGGAAUUUCAAUCACCCCGAUAUCUGUUGGAAGAGCAACGUGGCAGAUGAUGAAGUAGUACUUCAGUGUGUUGCCAGUAUUCACAAAGAACAAAGGAAGUUUUGCUUGGCAGCUGAGGGACUUGGGAACCGCCUGUGCUUUUUGGAACCAACAUCAGAAGCUAAAUAUGUCCCUCCAGACCUUUGCAUCUGUAAUUUCAUCCUUGAACAGUCCCUAUCUGUCAGAGCCCUUCAAGAAAUGCUGGCCAGCACAGGGGAUAAUGCUAGUGAAGGGGCAGCACAAGGGAGUGGUCACAGAACUCUGCUGUAUGGCCAUGCUAUACUACUUCGACAUUCAUUUAGUGAAAUGUAUUUGACAUGUUUAACAUCAUCAAGAUCCCAGACGGAUAAACUUGCAUUUGAUGUGGGACUACGAGAAAAUGCAGCAGGUGAGGCGUGCUGGUGGACUAUACACCCUGCUUCUAAACAAAGAUCAGAAGGGGAGAAAGUUCGAAUAGGUGAUGAUCUUAUUCUAGUCAGUGUGUCCUCUGAAAGAUACCUGCAUCUCUCUGUGUCAAAUGGAAGUAUUCAGGUGGAUGCCUCCUUUAUGCAGACUCUAUGGAAUGUACAUCCUACAUGCUCAGGAAGCAAUAUUACAGAAGGAUAUCUUCUUGGUGGGCAUGUAGUACGUUUAUUCCAUGGCCAUGAUGAGUGCUUGACAAUUCCAGCUACAGAUCAGAAUGAUUCACAGCACAAGAAAGUACUUUAUGAAACUGGAGGAGCUGGCAUUCGAGCAAGGUCUUUGUGGAGAGUAGAACCCCUUCGAAUAAGCUGGAGUGGAAGUAACAUCAGAUGGGGACAGCCUUUCCGUCUUCGACAUAUUACAACAGGAAAGUACUUGGCUCUGAAUGAAGAUGAAGGAGUCAUAAUAUUAGACAGAGAAAAGUCAGACACAAAAUCUACUGCCUUUUGUUUUAGAGCAUCAAAGGAGCUAAAAGAAAAGCAGGAUUCUAGUCUUAAACGUGACAUUGAUGGAAUGGGGGUCCCAGAAAUAAAGUACGGUGAUUCAAUCUGCUUUGUUCAACAUGUGGCCACGGCCUUAUGGUUGACUUACAAAGCACAGGAUGCUAAAUCUGCACGUUUAGGUCCCUUGAAAAGAAAGGUAAUAUUACACCAAGAAGGUCAUAUGGAUGAUGGUCUCACGUUGCAAAGAUGUCAGCAUGAGGAAUCCCAGGCUGCUCGAAUCAUUCGCAAUACUACAAGCUUAUUCAGUCACUUUAUAAGUGGAAACAACAGAACACUAUCACACACUGCCCUGCCUGUUGAGGAGAUGGCUCAGACUCUGCAAGACCUGAUUACUUACUUUCAGCUUCCCGAAGAAGACCUGGAACAUGAAGAUAAGCAAAACAAACUUCGCUCACUCAAAAACAGACAAAAUCUAUUCAAAGAAGAGGGAAUGCUGGCAUUAGUUUUGAAUUGCAUUGAUCGCUUAAAUGACUACAACAGUGCAGCUCACUUUGCAGGAAUUGCAAGAGAAGAACAUGGGAUGGCAUGGAAAGAAAUUUUGAAUCUCCUUUACAAAUUGUUAGCUGCUCUCAUCCGUGGCAACAGAAACAAUUGUGCUCAAUUUUCCAGUAACCUUGAUUGGCUAAUCAGUAAAUUGGACAGAUUAGAAUCUUCCUCAG